ACCACUAAAUGAGUAUUGGUGCAGUUUGCAAUUCAGCAACUUCUGCGCUGCCAAAAGUUUCAAAGCACUAGAAAUUUACUAUAUUAUAAAUUGAUAUGAAUCUAAAAUUAAUGGUUAAUUACAGCAAUCCUAUAUGUGACAUGAGCCAAUUCAUAGAAUUCAUUAUGAUUUCCUUUCAUGGAUCCAUAUGAUGUUUCUAGACUUAAUGUAUGUUUGCUUGAAACUAAGAAGGAAAAAUAUACUCUAAUUACCAUGCUGUAGUUUAAUAAACAAUGUGCUUGUGAGUACAGUAUGUGUUAAUAUUCUAUAUUUGGAUUUCCUAGCUAUAAAAAGCUUUAAGAGAAAACUGACCUUCAGCACCAGUUGGAUUACUGGGUAUAUCACUGCUGUCUGUUGCAAAACAGAAGUCAAGAGACAGUUGAAACAUACGUCCCUUAUUCCUGAAGAUGGCCAAAGAGUCUUUAUCUCUGUGUGUCCUGAACAAGACAUUAAACAGGUCGCAAGGGGGAGGGGGGGAGUUGACUUUUUCUGGAAAGGUUUGGGAAGGAACUGAGAAUAAGCUGCAAACUAUAAAGUCACAAUAUAUUGUAUUAGAUUCUGGCAUUCAGAAAUUAUCAGAGAAAUUUUACUUUUGGAAUAUGGUUCUAGAGCAAGAUGAGAUGUGGACAUCACUGCUAGAAGACAAAUUUAAUUCUGUGGAGAUAAACCUUUUCUAUAGCUAUAUCUGUGAAACUAUUCAGUGCCUACAUUCUCAAGUGGUAGAAAGCAUUCCUGAUCUCGCCAGAGUAUUGCCUACACUAUCAUCUGUUCUGAGGAGGAAAGAUAAAAACAAAAGAAUUAAGUCAGCAUGGGAAUCGGCAUUGGAGAUAUUGGGACUCCAAGAAGAAGAUGUUAAAGUAUUCUGUACAUUUUUCAUUACCUACAGCCAGGAUGCAAAUUACUUCCCUGAUAAACUAAGGGAAGAUUAUACCCAAGACAUCCAAUCUGUUGUAAACAAAGUGGUGAAUAAUCAAGUCCUUCAUCAUAGCUUGUUGUGUGCUAUUAAUGUAGUGGAAAACAAGAAAGUUUAAAGAUAUAUCUAAACUGCAAAUAUAUUCUGAAACAAUAUUUUUCCUCCAGAAAUACAUGAAACAUUCUUGUAUAAGAGAAAAUAUUUAAUUCAAAUAGAUUGAAAGAUGUAAAACUUCUCAGUUUAUGUAUAAUUGGGGAAAGCAAUAUUGGCCUGCUUUACAAAGCUGUGGAACAGAUUAU